AUGUCACCUCCUCUACCCAUCCAACUCGAUGGCACAACCCUCGAAGGCGGCGGCCAACUUCUGCGUCUCGCCCUUGGUCUCUCCAGCCUAACUUCAAAGCCCAUCACCAUCACUAACAUCCGCGGUAAACGGCAUGGAGGCGGCGGUCUAAAAUCACAACACCUAGCCUGCGUCCAAUGGCUCGCUCAAGCCUGCUCCGCCCAAGUCAGCGGCGCAACCCUGAAGAGCAGGGCAAUCACUUUUAUUCCAGACACUGUACGGACAACACCCAGCAACAUACUCACCAGCAGAGAAAUCCACAUCAACCAAACCACACCUGGAAGCGUCACCCUCGUCUUCCAAGCCAUACUGCCCUACAUUCUCUUCUCAGGCUCUUCCUCUUCCUCCUCCCCACUCCCAGUCCAAGUGCACAUCACAGGCGGUACCAAUGUCUCCAACUCGCCAUCCAUAGACUACAUAGCACAAGUCCUCCUCCCCACCCUCCAACUCAUCGGCAUCCCCCCCAUCACCAGCACCCUACACUCCCGCGGCUGGUCUCCACCCGGCAAUCCCCCACAACUAGGCAGUAUAACCUACACCAUCCGCCCGCUCAGCGGCCCCCUUCCCGCAUUCAACCUCACCAACCGCGGCCCCAUCACCGGUAUAAAAGCCACCAUCAUCGCUCCCCAAGCCUCCGAACUCCACUUCCGCAACCACCUAGCCCACAUCUUUCAACACCGCUUCUCCCCCCUUUCCACACCUACCACACCCACCCCGACCCUCACGAUAACUUUCCACCCCUCCCCCUCCCCAAAACACUACUACCUCCUCCUAACCGCCCACACCACCACCGCCCACACUCUCGGCCGCGACCUCCUCUCCACCACCCGUCCGUCCAAAACCACAUCUGAAAAACUAACCGCCACUACCAUGGUGGAACAAGUCUCCGCCCAGCUGCUCGAAGAAAUCGCUACAGGUGCCUGUGUGGAUAGUCAUCUGAGGGACCAGCUGCUUGUGUUUCAGGCGUUGGCGCGGGGAAGGAGUACGGUGGCGGGAGGGGGGCGGGAGCCGAGUUUGCAUUUGAAAACUGCGCGGUGGGUUGCGAAGGAGAUAUUAGGGGUAGAGGGAGAGGGAGAGGAGGAUGGGGGGUGUGAGGGUGUUGGGUACUGUCCGGGUCCAGGAGAGGGGAAAGGGAAUGUGGUGGAUAACGAAGAGGGGGGAUUGGCCGAGGGAUUAGAGAGAUUGCAAAUGUGA